AUGGAUUUUAUGCGUUCCCCCGGCGGAGCCCGCCCUGCGGGUGAAGGCGCGGCGUCAGAUCCUGACCCUGGAGAGAAGAAAGCGGAUCCUGAGCGCUUCCUAAAGCCACCCGACGUAACUGCUGUUAGCAAGAACGUUAGUCCCUGUGAGACCCCCGGAGCGGCUACGAGGAAAAGAUCCCAUGACAGUCCCAGCCUCAGGAAAAGCCCCCUCGGACCUAGUCCCACGAGGCUGUCUCCCUGGAGAAGCAGUCCCAGGAAAGACCACGCUUCGAGUUCUUUUAACUUGACCCCGAGACCCCUCAUCACCACUCCUCAAGCCAAGCGUCGCUCUUGGUGUCGUUCGAGCCUGAAGGGGACAAAACGCCGAAAAUCUCUGCCUCCUGUUCACCAAGAUGUCACUGAAUUAAGCAAAUCAAUUAGCUUGGAUCUGCCGGAGAUGGACCGGCUUUCUAUGCUGUUGUUGUCCAGUUUCCAGUUUUCUGCCCAGAAGCUCGAACAAGUCUUGAAGCAAACUGACGGCUUUAGCCCGGAGGCUUUCAACGCUAACGCGCACUCGGUUUCAGAAGACCUGAAGCGAUACGUGCAGAAGUUGAAACGAGACGGAACGCUGAAGAGCUGCGUCGAAGACCCUAAAGGGAUUUUACUGGACUCGGCUUUGGACGAGUCAGUGGCCCAAGUUAAGGAGUACAUCGCCAGGUUCGCCGCCGAAUGUCAGUCCUGGGAUCAGCUCUUGCUGCGCUACCAGGAGAGCGCCGAAGAAAUGUCCAGGCAGCUGGCGGAGUGCAAGCGGAACGGAGGCCGGGCAGAGCCGCGCGGUUACCUCCGGACCUCUCAGGCCGCCGUCCUCAGCAGCAAACCCAACUACCAGGAGAUCCUGGAUGAGCAGGCGGAGGUCCUGAGCUGCGUGGAGCUCGUGCUCGACGAACUACAGCAAGGGGUGAAGCUGCUGCAGGCCUUCAGCGAGGACAGCCGGCAGUACCUGCAGCGCCUGUCGGAGCAGCUCGGUAAGCGGGAGUCCCUCGGGGAGCAGCCCCC